AGUACCUCAGGGAAAGUUUCAAGGAGACUGCCAAGACUCUUCCACAACUUGACUUUGAAGCGGGUUGCUCUGCUUCCCUGUCAUGAUUUUUUGCCGUGGACGGACGAUGACUGCUGUUCCACGAAAAAGAGAACACGCACACACGGAUCCUGAGUCUGUGUAAAGAGUACGUAAAGGACUGAAUUUUCUCAAAUGUUUGGACAGACUCAGAAACUCCAAGUCAAGCAGAAAACUCAUGCCUUCACAAUCUUCACGACAUCGAGCGCGUAAGAUGGUUUUUUAGUUUUGGAAAGGAAGCGACAGCUAAUGGAUCGAACUGACACUGUCUAUGACUACAUACUCUUGGGCUUCGCCUUGGGAGCUGCGGUGCCAUUUAUCAUAGCAAAUGGCGUGCUCUUCGUCCAUCGCAAUCGCUCCUACUUUCGAGCACAGGGAGGAGUGUACCUCGUUCUGUGCAGCUCUUUAGCUGGCUUGGUCUGGAUAUCAUCAUCUUUUCUCAACGAUGGUCACUUCCAGCAUACCGGGCCUUUUGUAAGCGGCGUCCGAUGGGCAUUUUGGCUACAAGGACUGGGGGUUUGCUCCUGGUUCAUGCUCACGGUUCUCCGGCUUCGUCGGAUGUACGAGCUCAGCCGGAACAUCCACAAAUGGUCCUGGGGAAACUACGCUCUACUGCUCGCCUCCAUGCUUCCAGUCUUGGUUUUGUUCGUGGCCGCAAACUUGAAGCGAGAGAGCAGGGAACGUCAUGGUACGCUAGACAGUGCGAGAGUACUCACUGUCCUGGCGGUCUACACUCCAAACUUGCUACUGGUUAUCGUGUUUAUGUACAAGCUGCGCAACCAGCAAGAUCCUUUGUUGACUGUGGAGUACGCGCACACUUGCGAGUACUUGACUAUGGCGGUGGCCAUCUGUUUUCUCGCUGCCAUCGCGGUCUUCACAGGGGACAGCCAAAGCAUUGCCGGCAGAUGCUUCUUAACAUUUUGCGUCUGCUGCCUCGUCUUCUUCCACUUUUGGAUCCGGUUCGGGUGGCCAGUUUAUUUGUGUCUCUGGAGACCGGCAGAGGACAUGGAUAAGUUUGAGGAGGAACUCACGUCCGCUGGUGCUCGGGCUUUGGCCGUCGUUCCCAACCAGAUGCUGCAUUUCCCGUCGUCAGAAGGUGCCAUUUGGGAGGCUUUCUUCAAAGCGAGCGAGGAACUGGAAAGUUACAAGGAAGAAAUCCGGAAGAUGGAAGCUCAGAAGUUGCUGUUAGAGGACAAGAUACGAGAGCUGCAGUGGCAGAAGUGGACAAUGGCUGGAACUGGUCAGUUUUAAGUUAUUGCAAGACUUGGAAGAAAUUAUUCCAAACUUAAUAGUAGGGGACGAAGCCACGAUUCACAGCCGCUCU